AUGAGAGUACUUGAGGUGUUUCUCUUGGCAGUGCUGGGCUGCAGUCUGGCUGAAGGGAGACUUGUGUCCAAAUGUGAACUGAAGGACCAACUGAUGACGGCAUUUGGUGCACUGCUGGUGAAGGUUGAAAAAGGGCAGAGUGUGGAGAACUUAGUGGCCAAGAUCGUCUGUCACGUGGAGCUGACAUCACAGUUUAACACCAGUGCGGUGAAACAGCUGACUCCCAGGAUGGAAAACCAUCAUAGUAGGGAGAAAAGGGAAGCAGGCCGUAAGGGCUCGUUUGGCAAGGACGAGCGUGAACACCACUCCGGAGAGCGUGAACACCACUCCGGAGAGCGUGAACACCACUCCGGAGAGCGUGAACACCACUCCGGAGAAAGGCCGCGCCCAUCAAAACCCAGGCACACAUCAACCACCCGUCCCACACCAUCCACCAAUCAACAAUCAACAACCUUAACCAAUAACACAGAACCCAUUCUUCCCACACUAUCCACAAACCCGAACCAGUCUGGUGAGCCCUCAACCACAAUCCAGGCCAGGAACCGACGGGACGUCAAGCCGCCUAAAUCAAACACCCGCCCCACACUGCAUCCUCAUCCCACACCACACACCCCUCCCAAAAACUCCACACGACCCACUCGCCCUUCACACCUGGGUGGGCAUAAGGACCCCUUAAUCACAAUCCGACCCCACGCCAGGGAGCGACGGCACGACAGGCAGCGUCCAUCAAAAACUCACCCCACACUGCCCACUCAUCCCAAACCCUCCACCCGCCCCACACCAUCCACAUACCUUCCACACCUGGACGAGGAGGUCUGGACCCUCUAUGGUCUUUUCCAGCUCAGCAGUCACCUGGUCUGCAACGGCACAGCUCUUUCACCCAACAUCUGUGGGAUGGACUGCAACAACUUGAUUGAUGACAACAUCAGUGAUGACAUCAGCUGCUUGGUUACAUUCUUCAACAAGCUUGUUACGAAAGGUUUCAGGGCGCCCACCCAGAAGGAGUUAAGCAGAAUGAUCAGGCUAAUCUUUCAGGAAGAGUGCAGUAUUCGGGAUGCCUCUGAGUACUUCGCUGAAUGCGCUUAACCCUGAAUACAUUCCGUGCCUAAACUACCACUGGAAAGAUUAACCACCGCUCAAAUGAGUGGCCACUGAUUUAUGACAAUAAUAAAGUGAAGCAUGUAGCA